AGCCACCAAUCAGAUUUCAUAAAACCCUAACACAGUCUCUUAAACCCCUCUGGUUUUUAAAAAGGUUUUCUUAAAGCAUUUUGGUCCUCUCAUGGCUGCUUCAGUUCAACGCCGUGCUUUACAGCGCCGUGAGCUUCACCAUGCUUCUCUCUCCGCUUGCAAAUCCUUGACUGGAAAUGCUAAGACAUCAUUUGCUUGCUCUCCACUGGUGAGAUGGGCAUCCUUGGCAAGGCCCUUCAGUUCAAGACCUGUUGGUAAUGAUGUAAUUGGUAUUGACUUGGGUACUACCAAUUCAUGUGUAUCAGUGAUGGAUGGAAAGGUAGAUUCAGAAUGCUGAAGGUGCUCGAACCACACCAUCAGUGGUUGCCUUCAACCAGCUGGGGGAGUUAGUUGUUGGAACCCCAGCCAAACGUCAGGCCGUGACUAAUCCAACAAACACAUUUUUUUGGAAC